AAUGUGAACGCGCCAGGGUGUGAUCACCCAUUCGAUUGUUUUGUAUUCGUUUUUUUUUAUAUUUUGUUCAUUGUCGUAAAUCGUUAAAGUGCCGACAUACAUACAUACAUCAAAACAAAUGUAAUUAACUCGGUGUGAUUAAGUGAUAAAAGGACUAUAUUCACUUUUAUAUUGGCGGGCACUCAGUGAUCAACAAAGCAUUUUCGUAAUCGUGUGAUUUGGGAAUUUGGAAGCCCUUCACGACUGUUUAUCGGUUAUUUUGCGUAAACAAUAAAAGUGUCGUUAUGCUUCACAGUAGUAUGAUAAUGAAUUAAUAUGAAAAUUGUUAACAUGAAUUACACUGGUUAACAAAAUUGAAACCACGAUGAAAAUACAAAACCAAAAAUUAUAAAAUAAACAACAAACACCAACAGCGUACAACAACAUUAUAACGUUCAAUGUAAAUGACGAUAAUAUAAAUAAACAUACAGCAACAAAAUAAUUAACUUGCCGAUAAAUUACCAGUGUAAAUUAAUAAAAUUGUUAACGUCAAUAAUCAAAUAAAUGAGGAAAACACGAAAUAUCCAAGCAUUUACAACGUCUACAACUAGAACAUCGAAAUUGUGUGGAUCGGCAACCCAAGCAACACGCCAUCAUGUCAAAGUACCAGAAAUUAUCAAACAACGAUUCUACGGCAACACUGACAGACGACGAGAACUUUGCGAUAUUCCCCACCAGUGAUGAUGAUGAUGAUCGCCGUCGUCGUCAUCGUCACAACGAUGACAACAGCCAUUAUCAGGUGGAAGAUCUCAUUCAGUACAACGACACCGUCGACCGGGAACGUAAUGCAAACAACAUGAACAACAAAAACAGUACCAGACACCCCACAAGCAACAACAACAGUGCCAAACAUAUGAAUGGCAUCGCUACCUAUAGGAAUACAACUAUUAAUGACAGCGGGGACAGCAGCGGCAGCAAUAAUUUAAUUAUUGCAGGGCUCGACUUUGACGACAACACAAUGGAAAUACCACUACUUCAACGCAGUACCGUCGAUGCUGACAACUGUAUCAACAACAACAACAGUAAUCACUUUGAAAGCUACAAUAAAAAGGAUGAUUUGGAAUACGGUUGCCUGUGCCAACAAAAAGGAUUUGCAUCCAACCUCAGCAGCAAUUCCACUAAGACCGCUAAAUCAAAAAUCCUCUGGGCCGUCGGUAUGUGUUGCAUAUUUAUGAUUGUUGAAUUCCUGGGUGGCUACAUUGCCGGAAGCUUAGCCAUUAUGACGGAUGCCGCACAUUUAGCAUCAGAUUGCAUUAGUUUCGUUAUUGGUCUGGUAGCAAUCUGCCUGGGCAGCCGACCACCGGAUGCAAAAAUGUCAUUUGGAUACAAACGCUUAGAGGUUAUGGGCGCGUUAGCAUCGAUCCUGGGCAUUUGGAUUUUAACCGCAACUUUGGUUUUGGUUGCCGUUCAACGCAUCUAUGCCAACGACUAUGACUUGGAUGCCAACACCAUGAUGGUCAUUUCUGGCAUUGGAAUUUUAAUUAAUAUCAUUAUGAUUUCCAUUUUACACACUUCGUCGACUGAACUGCCGGAAGGUGGCAUAGGUGCAGCUCAUGGCCACAGUCAUAGUCACAACCAUGGCCACAAACAUAGCCAUAAUCACCAUCACGGUCAUAGUCACAACACUUCGCAGAUCCAUUCGCCGGAUUUACAGCGACAUCAACACCGACACAGUCUUGAUGGUAGCCAUGUGGACUUGGAGCAUUCAAUGGCAUCAGCAGAGAGGAGAGAUUCACUUUUUUCCACUGUCGUUGACAGUGCAGGAGCAACAUCAAUAGAGCAGCGGCCUUUGCCAUUGGUUCAAAACGGAAAUGGCUUGAAACACCAACAAGAUGGAAACGAGAAAAAUCUCAAUCUGAGAGCGGCAAUGAUUCACGCAAUUGGUGACCUGGUGCAAAGUUCUGGAGUCUUCAUAGCCUCAAUAUUUAUAAAAAUAUAUCCUAAGGCGGAGAUUCUCGACCCUCUAUGUACAAUAUUGUUUUCAAUAAUUGUCAUAAUGACAACAAUAAACCUUUUUAAGGAGUCAAUCUACAUAUUAUUGGAUUCAGUACCUCAGAGAGUAUCAUUGAAUGAUCUCGAAAUGGAUUUACUCAAUAUCGAAGGAGUCAAAUCUGUUCAUCACCUAAACAUCUGGAAUCAUACCUCCAAUUAUAGUAUUUUAAUGGUUCACUUAGUCAUAGAUUUUCUAGCCGACAGCAACACGGUCCUAGAGAAGGCCACACAAUUGGCCAGCAAUUCAAAGUACAAAAUUAAACAUAGCACCAUACAAAUAGAACGUGUUACCUCAUAAUUGAUGUUGUUAUAGACACAGCAAGUACAUGUGGCCUGAUGCCAUUAUGUAUGUGUUAGCAUCCCGUCAUUUUUGAGCAAGCAGAUGAAUGAAUUGUACAGAAACCCAAAAUUAUCCAGUGGGUUAGGAAAAUGCUGACUGGUAUCUCUAUUCACCGCUUGUUCAAAAUUAAAACCAAAGGAAACUAUUUUAGGAAAUUUACGCCUAAGUCAUCAAUAUACGUACAUAUGUUAUUUAAUUGUUAAAACAGACUGGUUAAUAGACAAUGAAUUUUAAAUAUAUAUUUUUUAUAAUGUCAUAUAAUAUAAGAACGUGACUGAAAUACAUACAUGCACUCUAAAGAAAAAAGACAAAUAAAAACACUUUAAUACAAAAAUGCAGCUAAGUUUGGCCGGGCCGUACUUUUAAUUUUAUUUUAUUUUCCUUUUUGGAACAAAUUUUGGAAAUUAAGAAAAAAAAUAUGUAUAAAAUCCGUUUAAAAUUCUGUUAAAAUCUUAAAAAUACCGAAUAUAGCCGUUUUAUUGGGGUCUAUACGAAAACGUGGACAUGCAUAAGCAACUUUUGUCAUAAGCCAUUACAAUAUUCAAAUACGAAACAUUAAAAAAUGUAAAAAAGCAGUAAGUUCGGCCGGGCCGGACUUUGAAUAUCCUCCACCAUUUGGAACGAAUUAGGAAAUUUUCAAAAAAAUUAAAUCAAUUAAAAAUUCUCUUAAAAUCGUAAAAAUACCGAAUAUCGUAAGUUGCCGAUAUAUUGGGGUUAUAUACAAUAUUGUGGACCUAUAGAGACAAAUCUACGUCUGAAAAGUACUCACAAUGAACUUCUUGUGUGGAAUUUCAGACAAUUCCAUUGAGAAAUGUGGUUAAAAUCAUCAAAAUACCGAAUAUCGGGGGUACCGUUAUAUGGGGGCUAUACGACAUCGUGGACCACUAUGGACAAUUAUCUUGCAGGGGGUGAAAUACCCACAAGGAUCUCCUUGUGUGGACUUUCAGACAAUUCCAUUGAAAAAUGUGGCUAAAAUCAUCAAAAUACACGACAUCGUGGACCACUAUUGACAAUUAUCUUGCAGGGGGUGAAAUACCCACAAUGAACUUCUUGUGUGGAAUUUCAGACAAUUCCAUUGAGAAAUGUGGUUAAAAUCAUCAAAAUACCGAAUAUCGGGGGUACCGUUAUAUGGGGGCUAUACGACAUCGUGGACCACUAUGGACAAUUAUCUUGCAGGGGGUGAAAUACCCACAAGGAUCUCCUUGUGUGGACUUUCAGACAAUUCCAUUGAAAAAUGUGGCUAAAAUCAUCAAAAUACACGACAUCGUGGACCACUAUAGACAAUUAUCUUGCAGGGGGUGAAAUACCCACAAUGAACUUCUUGUGUGGAAUUUCAGACAAUUCCAUUGAGAAAUGUGGUUAAAAUCAUCAAAAUACCGAAUAUCGGGGGUACCGUUAUAUGGGGGCUAUACGACAUCGUGGACCACUAUGGACAAUUAUCUUGCAGGGGGUGAAAUACCCACAAGGAUCUCCUUGUGUGGACUUUCAGACAAUUCCAUUGAAAAAUGUGGCUAAAAUCAUCAAAAUACACGACAUCGUGGACCACUACAGACAAUUAUCUUGCAGGGGGUGAAAUACCCACAAUGAACUUCUUGUGUGGAAUUUCAGACAAUUCCAUUGAGAAAUGUGGUUAAAAUCAUCAAAAUACCGAAUAUCGGGGGUACCGUUAUAUGGGGGCUAUACGAUAUCGUGUACCUAUAUAGACAAUUCUCUUUCAGGGGGUAAAGUGCUCACAAGGAACUCCUUGUGUAGAAUUUCAGACAAUUCCGUUGAAAUAUGUGGCUAAAAUCAUCAAAAUACCGAAUAUCGAGGGGUACCGUUAUAUGGGAGCUAUACGAUAUUGUAGACCGAUGUAGUCCAUCUUCGAACUUGACCUGCCUGCAGACAAAAGACAGAUCUGUGCAAAAAUUUUAGCUUCCUAUCUUUAUUCGUUUUGACUGUAGCGUGAUUACAAUAGACGGACGGACAGGGCUACAUCUUCUUAGAAUUUUACGCUGAUCAAGAAUAUAUAUACUUUGUUGGGUCUAAAAUUAUUAUUUCGAUGAGUUACAAACGGAAUGACGAACUUAAUAUACCCUACAUACUAUGUAUGGUGGAGGGUAUAAAAAAUGCGGUGAACAAUGUAGGUACCGUCAUAUUGGGGCUACACUAAGACCUGGACAUGCAUAGACAAUUUUCUGCCUAUUAGGAACUUCAAAUACGAAAUUUCAAGCAAUUUCGGUGAAUAUUGUACCUAAAAUAUCAAAAUAUCGGGUGGUUUUUUUUAGAACUAACGGGAUAUUAUACAAAAUUUGUUAAAGACUACGCAAAAGUAGCACAACCCAUUACAAAAUACCUAAAAAAGGGAAUAAAAAUUAAUACCAAAGAUCCAACAUAUAUUGAAAUUAAAGUUACUUAUCAACUCACGUCCAAUUUUUAGAUAUCCUAAUUUUGAGAAAAAGUUUACAUUAACUACAGAUGCAUCAAAUUAUGCAAUUACAAAAUACCUAAAAAGGGAAUAAAAAUUAAUACCAAAGAUCCAACAUAUAUUGAAGCCUAUUGAAAUUAAAGUUGCUUAUCAGCUCACGUCCAAUUUUGAGAUAUCCCAAUUUUGAGAAAAAGUUUACAUUAACUACAGAUGCAUCAAAUUAUGCAAUUGGCGCUGUUCUUUCACUAGAAGGACAUCCAUUUUGUUUUGUAUCUAGGACAUUAAAUAACCAUGAAAGAAAUUACUCAGCGACUGGUAAAAAAAAUUCUUAGCUAUACUAUGGAGCGUAAAUUAUUUAAGACUGUACUUAUAUGGAAGGAAAUUUUAAAUAUUAACAGAUCAUCAACCAAUCAAAUAUUUACAUUCUAAAUAUAAAGGAAAAGACAUCUCUCCAAGACAUCAAAGAUGGUUACUUAAGUUAGGAGAAUAUGACUUCAACAUAGAUUAUAUUAAAGGAAAAGAAAAUAACGUAGCAGAUUUUUUAAGUAGAAUUGAACAAAACAAAGAUAUUAACAAUGAAGAGCAUGAUGAAAUAUCAUCACAAACACAUGAUGAAAUAGAUAUAGAAACAAUUGAGAAUAUAAUAAAUGCUGUAGAAGAAAAUUUAACCUUAGUAACAGUUCAUUCAGCCGAAGAAAAUUUAAUGAAUCAUUUUGCUAUAAAGGAAGAUAUAGUUAAUAAAUAUAGGACUCAACUGAUUAUCACUAAUAAUAAAACGGAAGAAUUAAAAACUAUCCAUGGAAAGAAAAUAAUUUUCAUAUCAGAAUCAGAUUUUGAAAUAAUGGGUGAAAUAUUUAGGAAAUAUGUAACAAAAGGAAAGGUAGGAAUUUAUUCUGAAUUAAGCUAUUCUAAAUGCAAUAUUGUACAACAAAAAUUAAUAGAUAUGUUUUCAAAUAAUACGCAGUUAAAAUUCGAAAAAUUUACAAUGAGAGCACAAGAUAUUGAAACUGAAGUCGAAGCCAUAAAACAAAUAUCUUUAUACCAUAUUAGAGAAAGUAUACAUUCUGGAAUUAUUGAGACAUACAAUAAUAUUAAAACUAAAAUAUAUCAUCCAAAAUUACAAGAAUUAAUACAAGUUGUAAUAAAUCAAUGUGAUAUAUGUCAAGAAGUAAAAUACGAUAGGCAUCCCAUUAAAGCAAAAUUUAAUAAAACAGAAACUCCUACUAAAAAUGAAAUUAUUUAUAUGGAUACCAACGUAAUGAAAGGAUUCCAUUUCCUUUCAAUAUUAUACACAAAAUGAUAGAAAUAUUGUAACCAUUAUAGAAAAAUUAGAGGAACAUUUUAUAAGAAUAGGUAAACCAAAAAAGAUAGUAGCAGAUAAUGAAUUUAAUUCCAUAAGAUUAAAAGAAUUUUUACAAAAUGAGAGCAUCUUACAAAGCCAAACAGUCAUACAGGAAAUGCAGACAUAGAGCGUCUACAUAAUACAAUUGCAGAAAAAUUUUGGAAUCUUAUACAAAUGAAAUAAAGACAUACCAAUUAGACAACUUAUUCAAAGAGCAAUUAGAAAUUAUAAUGAGAGAUAUCAUUCGGUAACAAAAUAUCCACCUAAAGAGAUCCAACAUGAGAAAGUCGAUAAAAUGAAAGUAAAAAAGAAUAUUGAAGACAAUAAAAUUAAAACAAUAGAUAAAUUAAACAGAUCUAGGAAAGAAUAUAUAGAAAAUAGAAAAGGAUACAUAAAGAAAUAUAAAGCACUCAGACAUAAAGAGCAACCUAAAUAUAAAAAAGCAGAAUUAAAAAAUAUUCAUCCUAUCAAUAUUAAACGACCAUUAAAAUUUACAGAUCUGGGUAAUCCUAAUAAUAAUGACCCUGACACCAACAAUACAAACAACAAUGACAACAACACAUUUGACUGAACAAUCUGGAUAUAUAGACAUUAGUAAAAAACCACAAGACAUAGUAAAGGAAACUGAUAUACUAGUACAUAUAAUAAAUUUAGAAGAAAUUGAAAACAUUGUAGAACAAAUGAAAGAAAAUAUUAUACAGUAACUUAAUACAAGUUCCUGUCUGUUUCGAAACACACUUUUACUAAUUUAGCAAAAUAAGCAAAUUUAGCGAAUUAACUACUUGUUUGUGCCUAACGACUGCAUUAGCUUCACUUGUGCAUGCAUGUUGUUGUUAGCUGUUUAUGCCAGUUAACAUUAAAAAUAUUAACAUUUCUUGUAAUAAACAAAAAUAAGCAUUUCCCACAAUACUUGCAUUAACACGAGCAUCCGUUCUUAUAUCUGUUCUCACCAAAAUUUGCUGACACCAUGUCUGCUAUCACAUCAGGUGAUUUCUUUGUAAUUUAAGUAAACAUAAUCAUAACCAUAAUGACAAAUGUAACUAUAAGUUUAUUUCAGUUGUUAAAUAUAAAUCAAU